AUGAGCGACUCUUUCGCGUCGCAGCAGCCCAUGGACCCGUUCCAUUUGCCCCGUGCAAUCAAAUCCUUGGCCGGAACCUGCGCGCUGGCCGCGUCCAUCAUCUCCUUCACAUGCAUCCUUCUCCACCUCAAAAACUAUCGCCGUCCUCAUACUCAGCGCUUAAUUGUCCGCAUCUUGCUUCUCCUCCCGCUUUACGCACUGUCCAGCUGGCUGGGCCUCGUAUCGGGUCCCAUAGCCUCCGCUUUCUCAUCCGUUCUCGACCCCAUAGAAGAGGCCUACGAAGCCCUCGUUAUCUACACCUUCUUCUCACUCCUCACAAAUAUGCUUGGAGGUGAGCGUCGUAUUGUUUCAAUUACCCUAGGUAGAUCUCCCAAACCUCACCCAUGGCCAUUCAAACAUCUCCUAAACCCAGUCGACAUCUCCGACCCUUACACAUUCCUGUACAUUAAACGCGGGGUCUUACAAUACGUCUGGAUCAAGCCCGUUCUUUCGGUUGCAAUUCUUAUUAUGCGACUCACAGGAACAUACCAGGAAAACUAUCUGGGUCUGCGCUCCGGGUAUAUGUGGAUCGGCAUCAUCUACAACAUCUCUAUCUCAAUGUCUUUAUACUCUCUUGCAUUAUUCUGGUACUGCCUUUUCCAGGAUCUUCAGCCGUUUGAUCCUUUCCCCAAAUUUCUUUGUGUCAAAGUUAUCAUCUUUUUUUCUUACUGGCAAGGCGUUCUUCUUUCCAUCCUAGUUUGGCUGGGUAUAAUUCAUGAUGUCGGCUACUAUACCCCCAACAAUAUUGCAACCGCCAUCCAGCAUGCUCUCAUGUGCACGGAGAUGCUUGGUUUUGCCAUUGGCCACUGGUAUGCCUUUUCUUAUAAAGAUUUUACCGGGCCUGCUUAUGCCCACUGUGCCCGCAUGCGACUCCCAGCUGCUGCCCGUGACGCCUUUGGCACCAUUGAUCUAAUGCUUGACUUUAAAGCAACCUUUUCCGGUGACAAGUACACUUACCGUCAGUUUGACUCUAUAGAAACUGUUCUCGAACACCCGGACUCCCGUUCUCGCAAUGCCCGCCUAGCCCACGGACUGCGCUACCAAGCUGGCGGCAAAUCAAAGUAUUGGCUACCGGACCCAGCCGCCCCGCAAGUUCCAAUAAUCGUGGCGUCCACGGGAGGCCCUCUUCAUAUUCCUCCUCCAUUUUUGCCUGGUCACGCGCGCACAGGUUCCUCAGAUACUGCAACAACAGUAGUAGCUGGCACAACUUCUCCCACAUCAUCACUCUUUAGCUCAAGCCCAUUAUUAAGUCCAGGCCAAGCUACUCAACUGUCCUAUGGUACAACAUCAAACCAGGAAUCUUCAACAAUAACAGCAACUAUAUCCGGGUCAACUCCUGCUCCAGAUUCGCUCUUGGAACAACCCUUUCUUUCCCAGCAAGAAUUUGAUGCAGACAAUGCUCUUUACGCUCAGGCUCGCACUUUGCCCUACGGCGAUUACAAUUACCCCGUCAUCACAGACCCAACACCUUUGGUCUAUCGCCCCUUCCUCAAUACUCACACAUCUACUCGCGACCCAUACAUUCGAUCUCAACUUGAACAAGAGUACCUUGAUUUUGGUGCUGAUUCUCCUAGACAACCUCUCCUGUAA